ACAUCCCACUAGCAUGCUGUCGGUGACUCGACGUUGAAUUUCUAUGCAAGCCUGAGGGCUGGUUCCGCACCACCGUCGGACCACUUGAUCCGAGUCAAAGCCAUUUUAUCUGCCGCUCGCGAUACCCUUGUUCUCGCUCCCGACGCGGGACUGUUCACACGGGAUCUGCCACUGAUCUGUCGAUCGCGGAGGCAAAGUCAAUCGGGCAUGGGCGCCAACUGGAUCUCAACUUAAGCUUGAACUUGAACUUGAACGUUUGAACGUUUGAACGUUCACGUCGUCUCAUCCCUGCCAGAUCCCUGCCACCCACAUUUUUGACACAACUAUUCUCAGCUCCGACGUCCACGCGUUGUCUUCAUUUCCUGCCAUGCCACGACCUCAUAGCUCUCGUACUCUCGACCUCCCCUGCCUCGAUCCCCCGGGAACGAGCCGCACACUAGUCAUCCCGUUUGCGUUCAGUCGGGAGAGACCCAGCUAUCAACAGAUGUUUGAUAACGUACACAGUACAGAUCCGUUUACAACUCUACCUCGUGUUCUCAUCCCCAGUCUUCGAUACACGUACGUUCCACCGCGAAUGUUGUACGGAUGGCCUGCGCCGAAAGAGUCUUUACUGGCAUACGCGAAGAAAAAGAAGAUCGUUGUGCGUAGUGGCCGUACAAUCGACGAACCUGCUACACUGGGCAUAGCACUCCGCAUCAUGAUGCUUGAAAGUGGCGUUGCCAACCUUCCUCAUGACAUGCUCCGCCCUCGUAUCACACCGGUGGGGGCGGAUGACCAACAAAGAGUUGUCGUCGCAGUAUACUCCAACUACGACUUCACACGGAAGGAGCUGCCAUCGCAGGAGACAAUGGAGAAGCUUGGGCAAUGCCUGGGUGUCGAGGGACCACCGAGAUGGUACCUGGACGGCCUCAACUGGUAUUGGCGACUAUGGUAAAAUAAAAUAAAAGAGGGGAAGGAGUGUCUGCAUUCUCUGCUCUAUAUCGUUUCACGACCUCGCUUGAUCCCUUAUUGGCUUGUCAU